AUUCCGCCGCGAGCCUUUGCCUUGUCUCCCCACACCCGAGUCCCUAUCACGAGCAAGCGGCGGCGGCGCCGCACCCCCACAACGAGCGAGCAAUGGUGCGCAGGGCACCAGGUGCAGAGCUUGGUUCAGCCUCAGAUCCAGAUGCUUCCCCUCCUGAAGAGCAGGGAGCAUGUGUUGGUCAAGCCGCAGAUCCUCACCCUCCAGCAGAGAGGGAUUUUUAUUAUGAGCUGUUCCAAGAACUUUCCCCGUCUGUCGUGACCGUCACGUGUGACCGUAGAAGUCAGACACAAUACGGGACUGGUUUUAUUCUUAUGUCUGAAAAUCAUAACUAUACUGUGGUAUAUACUAGCAACUCAUGGGUCAUAUCCUUCGACGGUGAACCAAAGACCUUCCAAGUCCAUUUUGAUGGAAACCACAAAAUAGUAGCUAGACAGUUGAACUCCUCUAAGGAAUACUUAAUCUUGGUUGUUCCUGAUGCACUAUAUCGCAGAUCUGUCACACUUAGUGAAGAACCUGUUGACCAUGAGAACAUUAUGACUAUUGGUGCAGUCGCUGGCGCUAGAUUACAUGAGAAUACUUCUGUGAUCAAUACACUGAUAGGCGUACUUGGAAGCUAUGAAGGAGAUGCCAUUACACCAUCUUGCACAGCAAGAGAUUCUGGAGGUAUUGAUGUGGAUGGAUCCGAAAGAUAUUUCCGAGUGGGAGCCUCCAUGAUGGAUCAUAUUGUUAAUUUGCAAAAUGUUGACAUUAAGAGUUAUACCGCACAUCAGAUUGAAUCAGCUCCGGUGUUCCGUUUAACCACGGGUGAAAUGGUUGGGAUAAUAUACUCGGCAGGUGAUUGGGGUGAUGUUAAAAUGGGACUACACAGUAGCGUGAUACUAUCUGAGCUAAAAGAAUUGUUUGUAAUCGACCCUGAUGACACUGAAAUUACCACUUGGCAGGAGGGUAUCAACCAGUCGGUGGAAGAGUUAAUGAAUGCUGGUCUCUAACAUGAUCAUGCUUGCUAAAUCCUCAAGAGACGAAGACAGCGGGGAUUUUCCACUGGAGUUCACCCUCAUAGUACGAGGAUGGUUAACCUAUUUCCAACCAGUUAGACUGAGAAUUAUUUGUCAAUGGAGUUUAUCUUGUAGUGGCUGAGGGACUUUCCUAGCAUGGAUGCUUUUCUUCCAGUAAUUCUCACCUGUCUAGAAUUUAGACCAAAGAAAUUUCUGUCUCUGUACUUUUUAAGACUCUGGCUUUGCUACAUUUGAUCAUAGUUGGAAAUUCCCAAGGACAAACUGUCUGUCGCCUUGAUCGUCC